AACCCGGUCUCGAGGAAUCCGGAGACAGAGGAGAACGAAACGCUCGCCACACCUCUUCUGGGAGGAGACGUUUAUGAGCUUUAACGCGAGGACACCUCGCCGGGGAAUCGGGAGGCCCGGACGACUUAAAAUUUAAAAACCUCUGCCCAUCGGUUGCCUUGCUUCGAAACAGAAAUUAAAAGACCCAGGUCGACCUAGACACUCCCGCGACAGAUGUGUGCGGCGCAGGAGCCCGGGAGGGGCAGGGGCGGCCCACGGUGCGGUGUGCUCUGGGAAGGAACAGGGUCCGAGACUGCGGAGGACCGGCCCGGCCUUGAGAGCAGGCCCCGACCCCUCGCAGUCUGUUGCGCAAGCAACGGGGCGGGAGUUGGGGAGGGCGGCUAAGUUCUGUUUCCAGGGAGACCAUUCGGCUGACCGCCAACAGAGCUAAAGGUGGACAAACCCCGACGGGCGGCCAAGGUCCUGAAGGAGCCCCCUAGUAAAGGUUGGCGACGAUGUCCUGACCCUUGAUUGACCCCAAACUCCUGAUUCUGCCUCUCCCAACCUCGUGACCCUGAGACGCGUCGAACCCCGCCAGAAUCUUCGGGCUGGUCGAGGGGAAGGGCUGAGCUGGAGGAGCGGGCUGGAGGCCUCGACCCAUGGUGCCCAAGAGGAAGCGCGGGCCGAGCGCCUGGGGCCGGUCUGGCGCGGCAGGAGAGGGCACCGAGCCGCCGCAAUCGGAGAGCGCUCAGUACUUGCAGCGAGAAUACAAACUGCUCUCGGAGCAGCUGGACGCCUGCGAGGAGCGCGUCGACCAGGAGCUGCAGGAGAACGCCUUCCUGGACUGCGAGGCGCAGCGCCUGCGCGAGGAGAACCGGCUCUACGCCAGCUACGUGAGCACGCGCGCGCAGCGCUGCGCCAACGCUAUCGUCCGGCUGGAGGAGCAGAACCGCGUGGACCUGACGGAGAUCCACCGGCAGCGCGCAGAGCUGGCGUCGCUCUACCGCCGGCGUGAGGAGGGGGUGUGCGCGCAGCUGCUGGAGAUGGAGACGCGCGCGGCGCAGAUGGCGCGACAGGUGCAGGAGCUGCAGCCCUACAAGGAGCUGCAGCUGGAGCAGCUGGCCCGGAUCCGGGCGCUGGAGCGCGAGCUGCUGCAUAUGCGCGUGGAGCACAUGCAGCUGCUCCAUCGCAUGAAGCGGUGUUUCCAGGAGGAAAAAGCAGCCUUCGAGCGCGAGGCGCGCCAGCGCGUGCAGUCCCUGGCGUGGCGCGCGGAGCGGGAGGCGGCGCGCGCGCUCAUCGCGCACACACAGGCCAUCAGAGAGGACAACGGGCGCCUGCGGCAGGAGCUGCUGCGGCUGCAACGCCGGGCCCAGGUGCUGCACGACACGCGGCGCCAGUUGCUGGAGCAGCGUGAACAGCUGCGGCGCGAGCACGAGGACAUGCGGAACCUGGCCCACGUGCACAGCUGGCUGCGCCGGGGCUCCGAGGGCCCGCCGCUUUGGCAGCCGCCGCUGGCCAACUCGCACCCUGAGCACUUCGCCUCCACCACGAUCCAGUCGCGCGCGACCUCCUGGGCCCCAUCAGUCUCGGCCUCCCGGAAGCCGUCUCAGGUCUCGUGGCGCGCGGCCUCUUGGGCCCCAUCGUUGCUGUCGAAGCUCGCGGUUCCCUGGGUCCCGUCAUUGGUCCCGUCGCGUGUUGGCUCCAGGGUCCUGUCGCUGGCCCCUUCGAAGGCGGAAUCACGGGUCCCAUGCCAGGACCCAUCGCAUGCGAGCUCCAGGGUCCCGUCCUUGACCUUGUCGCGCCCAGGCUCCCGAGUCCCAUCCCUGACCCCGCCACGCCUGGAUUCCUGGGCCCCUUCGCGGUCCUCAUUGCGUGCCGCCUCACAGAACACCACCCUCUUUGGGAAGUCCGUCCCCGGGUCGGGCUCUUCCCGUCCCCCAGUCGAAGGAGACCGUGAAUGUGACGCUGCAGGCGAAGGCGCCUCGGGGAGAUCCUGAACUUACCCGGAGGAAGGCCAAUGAGGCCAGACGGUGCGGGGGAGACGGGGGUGCGCAGGACGCGGAUUUGGUGAGUGGAUUAUCAAUAAAGGUGUGACCCCCCUCCCCACCCCUCUCCGCUCUGGCACCGCCUGCUUCGCUGUCCCGCAUUUCUGGCCGGCGCAGGGACCACUCAUUAUGGCUCCCAGUUUCCAAGCUGCAAGGUAGCUUGAUCGUCCUGUGCCCUGUGUGUCUGCCAGGAUUGAGCAUCCCUCAACCCCACAGCUGACCUCUGGCAGGGGCAGAGGGAGCCGGCCACGCCAUCGUCCUGCCCAUGAGGGCUGAAGUCUGGUGGCAGAGAUGGACAUCACGGGCAUGGACAGGUAGUAUGAGAGCAGGAAGGGAGUCUGGCGGGCCAGGGAGGAGCUGGUCCACUGCGUGUGGCGGCCGGGAGGGCCAGCGUGGUUUGAGCUGCUCAAGAGAGCCAUGGGGGGGGGGCGUGGGCUUUGUUCUGGCGCCAUGGGGAGCCACAGGCGUUUUUAUGUUUAACCUAUUGUUUUUUUGUUUGUUUUUGCCGCGCCCUGCGGCUUGUGGGAUCCUAGAUCCCUGACCAGGGAUUGAACCCGGGCCCUGGCAGUGAAAGUCCUAACCACUGGACCUCCAGGGAGUUCCGGGGGGGAGGGUAAUUUUAAAUUUUGACUUAGCUGUCAGUCCAAGUGCACGGAGGCCAGUUAGUACGCUCUCCCUCACCUGUGGUUUGCAUUAAUCAACGGCUGCAUUGGGGAGGUGGAGCGUGGGGGAGACCAGGGCGGAUGCGCCACCGUGGCCCAUGGACCUGGACCCUGUGGAGGGAGGAGUUCAGACCGCAGCUUUCAAACAGAGCCCCCCCAGCCCCCGCCAACCUUGCCGUGGAAAUUUAGUUAAACGUUCUGGUUCUGGGUUGGAAGUGCUGGUGGGGGGCUGGCAGCAUCAAACACAAAUUCUCUGAGAAGAGUUCACUUGAGGGACUUCCCUGGUGGCGCAGUGGUUAAGAAUCCGUCUGCCAAUGGAGGGGACACCGGUUGGAGCCCUGGUCUGGGAAGAUCCCACAUGCC